AGCAUUUUCUUGUUUUUUUUUGUCUUUUACUUGUAUCUUAUCUGAAUUUAAAACGGCGUAGAAAAAUGCUUACAACAAAUACUUGAAAAUUAUGAACUGCCUGGUUUUAGUGCUGGUUAUUUUACAUCUGUCCUCUGAAUUAUGGGCUAUUACCUGUAAUAAAUCACUGGAUGAGCCCUUUUAUUUCAAACUUGGUCCCCAGUGCACUGACGACACUUUUCUCUCCAAGGGUCUUGACCAUUGCUCCGAAGAAACCCUUUCUCAAAGUUUUUCUUUCGGCAACGUCGAACGAUCGACUUUGUUUGUCUGUGUGAACGGCAUAAUUGCUUUCGAUACACCUGUGGCUAACUACUCUACAAACUACUUCGAGACUUCAAACCAUGCAAUGAUAGCCCCAUUUUUUGCCGACGUUUUAUUAGUCGAUAACUUCAUUGACUACAUGUGUGUUGACAGAACAAACUAUGAGGUUGGAACAGAUUCGGCUCGCUGGUACGAAUUCGAGAGGAUCUGCGAAUUUUUUCACGACGAAGAGGAAAUAAGUUUGUCUGGUGGGGAAAUAAGAUUCCUAGGAGACUAUAUACUUAACGAGACUAUCCGAAACCUUGUUUCUGUUCACAAAAAUGAAAUUUUUUACCGAAACAAAACCAAUGUUACUUUUGACGACUAUAUUUCACGUUUAGUGUUUGGGCAACGUACCACAAAAUACGUGAACCUAGCUAACAAUGUUUUCAAACGUGAAAUGAGUGAUGCGGAUCUGCACAACGCGAAUGCAUUGAUAGCAAACAAACUUUUUGGAAUUAGUUUCGAUUGGGGUUAUGUUGUCACGUGGUACAAAGUGUCGGCGUUUCCGGGCAGGUUGGACGGUUUCAAUAGUUUCCAGGCAGCGAUUGCUUGCGGUGUUGUAUCAGAGAUUUCUCAGCGGAGAUGUUUCUCAAUUUUCGACUUUUUUGAGCUCGAAUGGGUCUACAAUCAUUGGCAAGAAGGAUUUUCAAUCAGUGGAUUCAACGGUGGAAAUGGCAUGAGAUAUCACCUUCCUCUUUCCGGUACUGCUGAAGUGCGAAAUCUGUGGGCUUAUUCAAAUUUCAACAUAGGAGGAAUCUGGGUAUUCGAACUGGUCGAAACUGACCAGGAACCCGUGACUCCUCUGGGCGAACUAUCCUCAGAUGACCUUGAACUUUUGGGCGCUUGCUCUGGGCCGUUUGAGCCCUCUUUUGUUGAACAGAACGUAAAAUCAGCGUUGACAAUUCAAAACUGCUACUUGCCGCCCCAUGAUGAAUUUUCUGUAAAAGUAGUUCUAAUUGAUAAAUUAGUUCUUCCGGCAGAGGGAUUCAAUUACAUUAGAUCGACCCAAACUCUUCAGUUCAAUCAUAGUUUUGAGAAUAAGGGACCUGCUAUUGUAAGCAUUAUGUUAGACGGAGUGCCUUUCAUAUCCCAAAAGUAUAUCUACGUUUACGAACUGGCACCGGCCAGUAAUGCGACCAUUGAAGCUACUCUUAAGGAAGAAAAUCAGACUGUUCAUCUUAACUUCCAAAACUGUAGCGUAACUGAUGCAAGCUUGACAGUCAGUUUUAAAGAUGAACAAGAAAACAUAAUGAGAACUGAGAACGUGACUUUGGUGCCUGGUGACUUCUUCUAUGACUACCAUUACACCACCCAAGCAGGGGAACAGUGGAUUGAAUUCACCCGUGGCGAAUGCCGAGCAUCUUUGCCCAUCACAUUGAAGUCAGUCGACGAUGAGAGUGAUGUUAAGUGUGACACCUGGAACGAUGCAGAAUCACUGAUUGACUACUCAGGUUGUGUCAGCGAGCUUGAAAAGUGGUACCCUUGUCCUACCGAAAUUGGAAUAGAUACACCUAACAGGGAUGUGCUUCACUUUCAGUCAUUUUCUGUACUGCAAACUUUGUUGCGCCGAGAAUGAAGCU